AGCGUCGGACGUUUGAGAUUAAUGGAGCCUGAAAACCCGCUGUUGAGGGUGAGAUUGUUCAUCUGAGCGCAUGUUUGUGUUUAUAUACGGAGCUGAUGUGAACCAUCGACCGUUAUUCGGCCCGUUAUAAGCCGCGCACGAUGGACGGAACGGAGACAGACAGACUGAGAGACAAACGGCCGUGAGACAGACGGACAGACAGACAUGUCUGAGGUCCUGACGGUGGACGCAAUCCUCUUCGGCCUGCUGGUUUUCUCCGGCAUUAUAGGAAAUGUUAUGGUCAUCAAUGUGGUGUUCCAGUGCGCUAAGGAAAGUGCCUCCCGCCACCUUGCGCCGUCCGACACCAUCCUGGUGAACCUGUGCACGGCCAACCUGCUGACGUCGGUCUUCCGGACGGUGCCCAUCUUCGUGUCGGAUCUGGGUCUGGAGGUGUCGUUGUCGCCCAGCUGGUGCCGCGUGUUCAUGCUGCUGUGGGUGUGGUGGCGCGCUGUGGGCUGCUGGGUCACUCUGGCCCUCAGCGCCUUCCACUGCGCCACCCUGCGGCGGCAGCACGUCACCAUGGGUCCGCUGGGCCACCAGCGUGAGCGCCGGCGCGUCUGGGCCGUCUUGGCGGCCGUGUGGGCCGUCAACCUGAUGUUCUCGCUGCCGGCGCUGGUGUACACGACGCACGUGCGUGGAAACGCCACGGUGGAGCUGAUGGUGAUCAGCUGCACGACCCGCCCGUUACUGGGCUGCGUUUGGGAGUUUCCCACCAACCAGCAGGGCUACGCCUUCGCCUCCACGUCGCUGGCGCUCAACGAGGUCAUGCCGCUCAUACUGAUGGUCGGCACUAAUCUUUUGACGCUGCACUCGCUCGCUAAGCACAUUCGGGCGGUUACGGCGGGCGCCGGCGGCGCGGUGGAGCUCGACCGGCACGUGUCCAGCGAGAGGAAGGCGGGUCACGUGAUCAUGGCUCUGGUCGCGCUAUUCGUGGGCUGCUGGGUGCUGCAGGUCGCCGCGGUCACGUACUACAACCACAACGGCGGGAAGCACGCGGAGGGACUGCUGACCGUCGCGCAUUUCUCGGCGUCGCUCUUUGUGGGCUUCAGUCCGCUGGUGGUGGCGCUCGGACACGGGAAACUGCGGCGGAGGAUCAGUGCGAUGAUGCAGCGUUGGACGCACUUGAUCAAACGCCCGCAAACGACAGUGGCGGCGCAGAAAGACGCACCAGUCGCGAAAACUGCACAGAGCGGGGAAAUGUGACUCUGUGGCAUUUAUUUGCGUCAAAUCAUGUGCGAA